CGAUCCAAUCCAACGGAUAACAAAAUGGCGACUAUGGGAGCUCCAAAUUCUCUGGUAGCCAAGAAAAGAAAGCAUUUUAUAGGUGUCCCCGCACCUCUGGGAUACGUAGCCGGUGUCGGAAGAGGAGCUACUGGAUUCACAACACGGUCUGAUAUCGGUCCGGCUCGAGAUGCAAGUGACGUUCCAGAUGACAGACAUGCGCCGCCCAGCAAACGUAACAAAAAGAAGGAAGAGGAGGAAGAUGAUGAUGAAGAUUUGAACGACUCUAACUACGAUGAGUUCGCGGGGUAUGGUGGCAGUUUGUUCAGCAAAGACCCGUAUGAUAAGGAUGAUGAAGAAGCAGAUGCCAUCUACGAAGCUAUUGACCGCAGGAUGGACGAGAAAAGAAAGGAAUACAGAGAGACCAAGCUUCGCCGGGAAUUGGAGCGUUAUCGUCAGGAGCGCCCCAAGAUUCAGCAACAGUUCUCAGAUCUCAAAAGAGAUCUGUCACAAGUAUCGGAAGACGAGUGGAAAACCAUCCCUGAAGUUGGUGAUGCUCGUAACAAACGUCAGAGAAAUCCCCGUCCUGAAAAGUUUACUCCUAUGCCGGACUCCAUCCUUGCAAAAGCCGGCAUUGGAUCUGAAUCUGUUACUACACUGGACCCACGCCAGCAGGCUUUCGGUGCAGGACUUACCACCCCAUUCCCAGGAACAGCAACUCCGGGAUGGGCUACUCCAGCGGCGGACCUUGAUCUUCGAAAAAUUGGCCAGGCUAGGAACACACUUAUGGACAUCAAGUUGAACCAGGUCUCAGAUUCUGUUACAGGUCAGACAGUCGUUGACCCCAAAGGGUACCUCACCGACCUUCAGUCCAUGAUCCCGUCACAUGGAGCUGACAUUAGUGACAUCAAGAAAGCUCGUCUGCUUUUGAAAUCCGUACGUGAGACAAACCCGAAUCAUCCACCAGCUUGGAUCGCGUCUGCACGACUUGAGGAGGUCACCGGGAAGAUCCAGAGCGCUCGCAAUCUCAUCAUGAAGGGAUGUGAGAUGUGCCCACAUUCUGAAGACGUUUGGCUUGAAGCUGCACGUUUGCAGCCAGCAGAUUUGGCUAAAGCAGUGAUAACGCAGGCCGUAAGGCAAAUUCCAAACUCUGUACGUCUGUGGAUAAAGGCUGCAGACCUCGAAGUGGAGCUGAAAGCGAAGAAGCGAGUCUUUCGGAAGGCUCUAGAAAGCAUCCCCAACUCCGUGAGGUUGUGGAAAGCAGCUGUAGAGUUGGAAGAACCAGAGGAUGCUCGCAUUCUUUUAAGUCGAGCCGUGGAGUGUUGCCCAACCAGCGUUGAGCUUUGGCUGGCUCUGGCACGCCUCGAAAACUAUGACAAUGCUCGUAAGGUUCUGAACAAGGCACGUGAGAACAUCCCCACAGAUCGCCAGAUCUGGAUAACUGCUUCGAAACUAGAAGAAGCAAAUGGCAAUGCGCACAUGGUGGAAAAAAUCGUAGACAGAGCCAUUGCGUCGUUGCGUGCCAAUGGGGUUGAGAUAAACAGGGAGCAGUGGUUGAAAGAUGCUGUGGAGUGUGAGAAGUCAGAGUCCAUUCUGACUUGCCAGGCCAUCAUCCGGGCAGUCGUGGGGAUCGGCGUUGAAGAUGAAGAUCGGAAACAUACGUGGAUGGAAGAUGCCGAAGCUGUUGCUGCGCAGGGGGCCAAGGAAUGUGCUCGUGCUAUCUAUGCUCACGCCAUUUCUGUGUUUCCGAGCAAGAAGAGCAUCUGGCUGCGUGCAGCUUAUUUUGAGAAAAGCAACGGCACAAGGGAAACAUUGGAAGCCCUUCUCCAGAGGGCUGUCGCUCACUGUCCCAAGGCUGAAGUCCUGUGGCUCAUGGGUGCCAAGUCCAAGUGGAUGGCUGAGGACAUUCCAGCAGCUAGGAGUAUUCUGUCUUUGGCCUUCCAAGCUAAUCCAAACAGUGAAGAAAUCUGGCUCGCAGCCGUGAAGCUGGAAAGUGAGAACAACGAGUUUGAGCGUGCUAGGCGACUCCUGGCUAAGGCACGGUCGAGUGCUCCGACUGCCAGGGUUAUGAUGAAAUCUGUGCGCCUGGAGUGGGCCCUACGUGACCUCUCACAAGCCAUGGAGUUGAUAGAGGAAGGGUUGAAGCUGUACGGAGACUUUGCAAAGUUGUGGAUGAUGAAGGGACAGAUUCUGGAGAGCCAAGGAUACAUUGAAGAGGCCAGGGGGACUUACAAUAUAGGGCUCAAGAAAUGCCCUACUUCAAUACCACUGUGGUUGCUACUGUCCCGUCUUGAAGAACGCGGUGGGGCAUUGACAAAGGCACGGUCUGUUCUGGAGAAGGCUCGUCUCCGCAACCCUUGUUGCCCAGAUCUUUGGCUGGAAGCCGUGAGAAUAGAAACCCGUGCUGGCAACAAGGAGAUAGCGCUGACACUUAUGGCCAAAGCAAUGCAGGAUUGUCCUACCAGUGGCAUUCUGUGGGCUGAAGCCAUUUUCAUGGAGCCUCGUCCGCAAAGGAAAACAAAGAGCGUAGAUGCCCUCAAGCGAUGUGAACAUGACCCUUACGUUCUUCUGGCCGUGAGCAAGCUCUUUUGGACAGAACGCAAGACCAACAAGGUUCGCGAGUGGAUGAACAGGACGGUAAAGAUCGAGGCCGACCUGGGGGAUGCGUGGGCAUACUUUUACAAGUUUGAGCUCUUGCACGGAACAGAGGAACAGCAAGAAGACGUCAAAAAACGCUGUGUGCUAGCUGAGCCUAGGCACGGUCCAAUGUGGUGCAAGGUGUCAAAAGACAUCGUAAACUGGAGGAAGAAAACAGAGGAGAUCCUUGUCCUGGUUGCAGACUCUUUAGAAAUACCUUCAUGAUCAUUUCUCCCAUGUGCACUGCGAGAAACAGCCUGUACAAAGCCUAACACGCAACCUAACUGUUUCAUAACAGCUGGUCGGGGAAAUAAACUAAAGCAACACUCCAAGAAAAUCUUUGGGGCCAAAAUAACAA